CGUUCCACUCACAACGGCCCGUUUUUGAAUCUGCUUCCCACAUUCGGUCCUUACCCACGUUCAUGAAAAUGGCGGCAGAGCAGGAACAGUUUUAUCAGCUCCUAAAUACCCUUUUAAAUACGAAUAAUGAGAUUCGCAGCCAAGCUGAGGAAGCCUACAACAAUUUGCCUGUAGAACCCAAAGUAACAUACCUUGUGAAUAGCCUUCACAAUGCUGCACUUGGUGAAGAAGUUGUUCAAAUGGCGGCCAUUCUUCUCCGGCGCCUUUUCACAUCAGACUUCUCAGAAUUCUUCCCUAAGCUAUCACCCGAAGCUCAGGCUGACUUGAAAUCGAAAGUGCUGCUCGCUGUCCAGAGGGAUCAGUCAGAUGCUUGCCGCAGGAAAAUGUGUGAUGUCGCUGCUGAAGUGGCCAGAAAUUUCCUCGAUGAUGAUGGUAACAAUACAUGGCCAGAAUUUCUUCAGUUUCUUUUCCAGUGUGCCAAUAGCCCAGUACCAGUCCUGAAAGAGUCAGCCUUGAGAAUGUUUACAUCGGUCCCUGCUAUUUUUGGAAACCAACAAUCAAGCCACCUUGAUCUUAUUAAGCAGAUGAUCCAAUCAUCUCUGACAGAUACUUCCAGCUUUGAAGUCCGCUUCCAAGCUGUCAAAGCUAUUAGUGCUUUCAUUUUGCUCCAUGAGAAAGAAAACAACAUUUUGAGGCAUUUUUCUGAUCUCUUGGCACCCAUAAUUCAGGUUAUUAUGCAGAGUGUUGAGAAGCAAGACGACAACGCAUUGUUGAAAUCUUUAAUCGACCUAGCGGAAUCAAGUCCUAAAUUUUUGAGACCUCAACUGGAUACUAUCAUUCAAAUGUGUAUGGAGCUUUUUUCCAAUGUUGAUUUGGACGACACUUGGCGCCAACUGGCUCUUGAAGUUAUUGUCACACUAUCUGAGACUGCCCCAGCUAUGAUUCGUAAAGUAGCUGCCAAAUAUAUUCCUGAGCUGGUACCUCGUGUUCUGCACCUCAUGACUGAUUUAGAGGAUGACUCUGAGUGGAGCAUUGGAGAUGAAAUAGUUGAGGAAGAUAGCGACAGCAACAAUGUUGUGGCAGAAUCUGCUCUUGAUAGGUUGGCUUGUGGUUUGGGUGGUAAGACCAUGCUGCCUCAUAUUGUUCAAAAUAUUCCCCAAAUGUUGGAAAAUCCUGAUUGGAAAUAUAGGCAUGCUGCCCUUAUGGCUAUUUCUGCUGUUGGUGAGGGUUGUCAUAAACAGAUGGAAGCAAUGCUCCCUCAGAUUAUGGAAGUUGUCAUUAAAUACCUUAUGGACCCACACCCGAGAGUACGGUACGCAGCCUGCAAUGCCAUUGGUCAAAUGUCAACUGAUUUUGCUCCUAACUUCCAAAAGAAGUUCCAUGAAAAGAUUGUUCCCGGCCUCCUUCUAGUACUUGAUGACAACAACAAUCCAAGGGUUCAAGCACAUGCUGGUGCGGCACUAGUUAACUUCAGUGAGGACUGUCCCAAAAACAUUCUUACUGGUUACCUUGAUGCUAUUAUGGGUAAAUUGCAAGCUAUUCUGAAUGCUAAGUUUGAUGAACUUAUGAAGAGAGGCACAAAGUUGGUGCUAGAGCAAGUUGUUACCACAAUUGCUUCUGUUGCUGACACUUCGGAGGAGCAGUUUAUUAAGUAUUAUGACAACCUCAUGCCUUGUCUGAAGUUCAUAAUUGCCAAUGCAAAUACUGCUGAACUGAAACUUCUCCGAGGAAAGACCAUUGAAUGUGUCAGUUUGAUUGGACUGGCGGUGGGCAAUGAGAAAUUUGCUCCUGAUGCCAGUGAAGUCAUGGAUCUUCUCCUCAAGACCAAUCAAGAGGGUGAACUGGCUGAUGAUGACCCUCAGACAUCCUACCUCAUAUCUGCUUGGGCUAGAAUAUGCAAAGUGCUGGGAAAACAAUUCCAGCAAUACCUGCCACUGGUCAUUGGGCCAGUCAUGCGCACUGCAUCCUUGAAACCUGAAGUUGCAGUAUUGGAUAAUGAUGACAUGGAAGGCAUGGCUGGUGAUGAUACUUGGCAGUUUGUUUCCCUUGGUGAACAACAGAACUUUGGCAUCCGCACAUCAGGCCUUGAAGAUAAGGCAUCUGCAUGCGAAAUGCUGGUCUGUUAUGCCAAAGAGCUGAAAGAAGCUUUUGCUGACUAUGCUGAGCCUGUUGUGAAGCUUAUGGUGCCGAUGCUCAAGUUCUAUUUCCAUGAUGGAGUGAGAACUGCUGCUACUGAGAGCCUCCCCUAUCUCCUAGAAAGUGGAAAAGUUAAAGGAAACGAAUACCUCAUGGGCAUGUGGAACUAUAUUUGGCCUGAUCUAUUGAAGGCCAUCGACACCGAACCUGAAAAUGAAGUCCUUUCGGAGCAUAUGCAGUCUCUCGCCAAGUGUAUUGAAGUGCUGGGGUUGGGAUUCCUGUCACAAGAAGCUAUGCAAGAGAUGCUCCGUAUCCUUGAUAGGCUCAUUAAGGAUCACUUUGAGAGGGCUGAAGCACGAGUGGAAAAGAGAAAGGAUGAGGACUAUGAUGAGGUUGUGGAGGAGCAGCUAGAAGAUGAAGACAAUGAAGAUGUGUACAUUUUAAGCAAGGUAGCUGACAUCUUGCAUUCACUGUUCCUCACCUACAAGGCGGACUUCUUCCCUAUGUUUGAUUCCCUUGUUGGCCACUUCGUCAAAAUGUUGGGCCCUGAGCGGCCCUGGUCUGACAGGCAGUGGGCACUCUGUAUUUUUGAUGAUGUCAUCGAGUACGGUGGUCCAGCUUGUGCUAAGUACCAGCACAAUUUCUUGGGGCCAAUGCUGACCAAUGUCACUGACAAGCAGCCAGAAGUGAGACAAGCUGCUGUGUAUGGUUGUGGUGUUCUGGGCCAGUUUGGAGGGGAAGCUUUUGCUGUGGCGUGUAAAGAGGCCAUUCCUCGACUUGUGGAGGUUAUAAAUGAAGCAGAUGCCCGUUCAAUUGAAAAGGUCAAUGCGACCGAAAAUGCCAUAGCAGCUGUUACUAAAAUCUUGAAAUACAACAAUACAGCCAUCAGGGAUCAGUUAGAUGAAAUUUUGCCACUCUGGUUGUCAUGGCUACCUGUUUGGGAGGAUGUGGAUGAGGCCCCCCAUGUGUAUGGCUACAUGUGUGACUUGAUAGAAGCCAAUCACCCUGCCAUCUUGGGGCCUAACAAUGCCAACCUGGGCCGUCUUAUCGCCAUCAUUGCUGAUGCGUUCAACAGAGGUGCUGUAGAUGAAGAGACUUCACCUGUCGCUGUGCGAAUGCUUAACUUAGUUCGUGAAAUUCAGAGGAAUGAAGCUGUAUUCCAAGCUUGUCUACAACAGCUGCUUCCCGAUCAACAAGUUGCCCUUGCUGAUGCUUUAAAUACAAGUGCACUUGGAGCACCCCCGAGCUAAACUAUCCCAUUCUAGGACAAGUCAGAUUUGUUGAUAAAAUUAUUAGAACAGGUCAUAUGUGUGAUAAACACCAACUUUCUGAAAGUUACCGAAAUGAUUUCGAUCUAUUUGAAAAUUUAAUCAGUAUGUCCUGAGCAAAUUGCAAUACAAGACUGAUAAUAUCUUGUUCAGGAUUAUUUCAAAUUGUUUUAGUUUCUCAUUGUCGUUUUAAUGUAACAUUCUUAGUAUUGGAAAAUGAGAGGAAGUUGUGCUUCCCAUCAAUUUUAUAGAGUAUAUUUACUUGACCACUUUAGAAAAGUUUCAUUUCAAAUGUCAGUGAGAUGAAUAUUUGAGGAAAGUGGAUGUUCAUACAAUAGUGACCUGAAGUUAAAACACUUCAGCAUAAGUUAUUUCUAGUUCUAUCUUUUUCGUCAGUAAAGUGAGAUCAGUUUGCUCCAAUGCUUGUCAGAUGAUGAUAAUUUGUAGUUUUAACACCUCAGCACCAUUAAAAUUGAAGUCUCUUAGUCUUAACCUCUGCCUUGGCAGCAUGGAGAUGAAUUCAGAAGUCACAAAUUGUUCUAAAUGGACUGUAAUCCUCUUAAUUUUAAGUAGGUCUGGCAAACUUUUGUUUUUUUUAUUUCUUUUUUUCUCUCUGUUUUUUUUGUCUUUUCUUCAUACUUUUUGCUCUCUGGGUCAUCACUUUCUGCUACUAGUGUAACUGCAUGUUUAGGAUGUGUUGUGCUGAGGUGGGCUUCCGAGCUAAGAAAUCGGAACACAAUUUAUGUGAUACAAAGAAAUACCUUUGCAAAGCACUUCUAGUACGAGUAAACCCCAAUGCAAUACCUACUUACGUGUAUGUAUGUACGUAUGUACUAGCUCAUGCUCUGAGAAGGUAACUUAUGCCUGUUGAGCAUAAAAUUCAGAAGAAAUAGUUUUUCUUAUGCUUGUUAUUCCACUUUAGUUCUGAUUAAUAUUGUGUUUAUUACUCAUCUACAUUUUUAUGUUUAUUUAUCAAUUCCGUGGUUGCAUUUUAUUGCCAUUGCAGUUCUCUUUAAUUAUCUUGAGUGCACUGGAAAGACUGAACUUGCCAUUCUGUUUGUUCAACAAGGUGAAUGAUUAAAUUGGAAGUUAUUGAUGGUCUUUGUCUAAAUUUUUCUCCCUUUUAAUCUAAUGUUGGGAAUUUGUGAUUCUCUUCUGUCUUUGUUAGUUUGUGCCUUGUAUUGUGAUUUGUUGAAGCUUGGUGAAUGAGUGUUACUUUUGUCUUAUAGUAAGUGCCUUUUCUAUUGUGGAUAUGUGAGCAGCUGUGAUUUGUGAGGUCGGGAAAAAAUAUUGCUGCGGGCAGCGAUGGGAGUCUUGCACUUGCCUCAUAAUUCUAUGAAGGGAUCAAAGAUAAUAACGAAAAGAAGGUUCAAUUUGGCAGUUAUCUUGUUUAAAUUAAGAACAGAAAAAGUUCUUUGUGUUCCCUUCAAAUCUUGGCAAUUUGUUUUAAACUAUGUCAAAAUCUCUCAGUUCACUUCUUUACAAAAGCAUUAUUUUCUUAUGAUAUUUAUGAAGUUUUGAAGUGUGUUUGAUUUGAUCUUCGUGAUUUUUUAUCAAGUGUGUCAAAAUCCUUCAUCAUUCUCUCUCAACAGCUUUUGAUUUCUGUGGAAUCAUUAUUUUCAUAUUAUAUUUAUGAUUGUGGAUAAUUGUACACGGAUUAUUGUCUACUUUUGCCAAAUUCAAAGAGCUAAACGCGUGUGUGAACAGUUCAGUGUGCAACUUUGCUUUUGUUCAGAAUCUAAAAUUGCAUGUACCAUCAUGUCAGUGUGGCAAUAUUUUCCACAGUAAAUAAAAUAUUAUUUGCAUCUCA